AUGCGCGCAACAUUCCAGCUCUUGAAGCGGUCCAUUUGGAAAGGGCCAAACCUCGUCUUCCCCGAGCUCCCUACCGUCGUCCAUGGCAAAACACCACCAACGAUAAAAACCCAAGCGCGGUCUGCCACGAUCCUGCCCAAUUUCGUUGGUCUGAAGUUUGCCGUGCACAAUGGCAAGAUCUAUCAAGAUGUGUACAUCACCGAGGAAAUGGUUGGGAGGAAGCUGGGCGAAUUCGUGCCCUAG